ACCACCCAAGCGAGCAGUCGUGUGAGAGCUCGGCUCUUCCGCUGUUCGUAUCCAUUUGCGAUCAAUUCCGACGCCGGACAACGGAGACAAACCUGGCCGAAUACACGCGGGUUCGUAGGCGACAGUCGCGACACGAUCGACGAGAGCGUGAUCGGCUGUACGAAUAAUCCGCGUAAACGUAGCAAUGAGAUCCGACGUGGAACCCGAGAUUGACGUCAAGAAAAAUAUCCAGCAAACGUUAUUUUCCAUCCGUGACGUUACCCUGAAAAUAACGAAGGAGCUGGAUAUGAUCGGCGAGAUUGUGAAGGAUAACGGAGACCUGCAAGUGGUAGUCGCCGCAGCGAAUAGGGCGCUGGCAGAGAAAACGAAAGAAUUGCAUUUGAACAUGUUGGAGAUUAUCAAUGAGAGCGAGCGCGAAGACAGGGUAGCGCCGGAUUUGCUGAAUUCAACCACAUUCGCUUUAGUUAUGGAAAAAUUGAUGGAGAACACAGGCGCCUGAAACAUAUAAUUUUUGCCGCGCCUUGUGCGUAUUGUAUAUUUUUACACUGGAUACGUUUCAUCCCCUUAACAAUCCAAUACACGUCCAUUUGAUAUAUAUUUGUAAAUUAUUAACGAUAGCUUAACGAAUAGAUACGUAACCACAUAUAAAAAUAAUGUUCUUAUCAAUAGUGUAAAAAAUGACUGUAUUAGUUGAGGACCUGUAGAAAAUAUAAUCUAAGAAAAGAAACUUUGGAAUUG